CAGACAGCACAGUGGGAAUAUGUGCCUGGGAGAGAGUUAUAAUUGACAAUAAAUGACUCUUAUUUCUGACUGUGCACACAGGUUGACAAGGAAACGUUGGACAUGCAGCUGAAGGAAAAGAAACUAAAAUAUGCAAUGGAAAAGGAGAAGCAAAAGGCCAGCGAUGCAGAGAUGCUCCAUUACCAAAAGGUAGCCAGCAUUCUGACCCAUCGUCAACAAAAGCAACAACAGCAAAUAGCCAAGGACAUGGUGAUCUUCAGGCAGACGUACCAGCAGCCGUCCAGUCGGAGGGAGUUUGACCUGAAUGACCCAGACUUGCUCAAAAACAUGAGUCCUGAGGAGGCACAGAUGAUGAUCCCCGGGCUGCCCGGUGAAGACCCCAACUGUAAAGACCGCCAGCAGAGACAAAGGGAGCAGCUCAGCCACUGGCUCAUACAACAGCAGGCAGAACGCCAAGGACUAAGACACAAACAGGAGAUGGAAGAUAAGAACUAUGACCAGUUCAUGGUGGAGGUCAACAAUAUGGCUCUAGAGCUGCAAAACCUUGAGAUGGAGAACCGAAAAGCCGAAGUCAUGGCAACUAAAGAUUUCAAUCUUGCAAUGUCAGAAGAAAAAAGGCGUCAGCAAUCUAAGGAUAAGGACACCGGAGUUUGGGAUUUCAUGGAUGGAGAGAUCAAUGCAGACUCCCCCCAAACAACAACAAAUGGAAGAAAAAAAGCACAUGACAGACCCUCCACCAGAAAAGUUACACAAUACACAUUUAAGCUACUGCUGUGUGCGUAUUUGCAGAGACAAAAACUGAGUGAGGAAAAUGAGCAGCGUUACUAUGACAGCAUCCGCAUUGAUUCAGCUCGGACGGCCACACUCAUUGAGAGACAACAGGCAAAACUCAACAAACAAAUGAGGAAACACCUGGACAGCACCAACCACAUGUUAGCAGAGACCAGGAAACAAAUAAAACCGGCGAUUUCAAAGGGCGCUGUCACUGAGAGUUUCUUCACCCAGUUCAACACUUGCAGUCGAUGAUGAAAGUCGUAUUGGACUGCAAUUAAAUAAGCUAUGCAAAAAAUAACAACAAAACACAUAAUAAAUCAUGAUAAGCAAUCAACAUUCAUUUGUCAUUGAACGGAGUUGUUUGGGCAGCUUUAAAGGCAGAUAAU